GCUGAGGCCGGUCGUGUGCCAGGCUGACCGGCUCACACGAGCUGAUCCAGAGCAAAGAAACGCAUAGAGGCGCGUGCCGCCAGUCCUGCUCCCACCUGCAGCCCACUUUGGUCUAGAUCAGAACUUCUCACAUUUCAGAACCGAACCAAGUCCUUCUCUCCAGUAUGGACUCUAUCUACUCGGACAUGGAGAGCAGCAGCUGCGACCGGUUCACGCACACUGACGAUGAAGACAGCGUGCGCUGCGCGUCACCGGAACCUGCGCAGCAGCAGCAGAAAAAGCGGCGCCGCGGACGCGUGCGCAGCGAGGCCACGGUGCAGGUGGUGAAGAAGAACCGGCGGCUGAAGGCCAACGACCGGGAACGGAACCGCAUGCACAACCUGAAUGACGCGCUGGACGCGCUUCGCGGUGUCCUGCCGGCCUUCCCGGACGAAACCAAACUCACUAAGAUCGAGACUCUGCGCUUUGCGCACAACUACAUCUGGGCCCUGUCCGAGACCAUCCGCAUCGCAGACCUGCAGGCGGGAAAGUCUGGAGACGCACCCCGGCUCCUCAGCACAACCUUCCUCGGUUCGGCCCCUAGUCCUGGUAGCGACUCAUGUUCCUGGAGCUCCAGCGGCUCAUCGUCAUCCUCCUCUCCGGCUUACUGCGCCUCCAGCCCGGGAAGCCCCACCGGAGCCGAGGACUACGGGUACCUGCCGCAGGACGCACUUAUGCGCUUCCGCAGCUUCGUCUACUGAGAACUCAGCAGCAGAAGAACUAUGGACAUGAACCCCCGCACAGUUUGGGUCAGAACCAGAUGAACCACAGUCUGCCUUAAGAAUUCUUGUUCCCUCGGAACCAGCUGAAAUACUGGUUCUGAUUUAGUUAUGAAUGAUCCAGUUCUGCAAGUUUCAUUCAGGUUACUGAACUUGUCUCCCUCUCCACUUCUCCUCCUGAUGGAGGUGAAAAGUUAAUUUUAUAAUUUGUAGAGAUGAAGCAGAACACUGAGCGUGAAAAUUAAGUUUCUCCGCUCCGACAAAAGACUGAAAAGAACUGCUGUCAUUCAUCAUUCUGCCCCAACACACACACACACACACACACACACACACACACACACACACACACACACACACACACACACACACACACACACACACACACACACACACACACACACACACACACACACACACACACACACACACACACAGAUACAUUUCAGUUUUCUUUGUUUUAAUUUAUUUUGUGCCGUCUCAUUAAAUCUGUAUUUUGUAUAUAAAGAGAUUUUUAUUCUAUUUACUGCAGCUUUGUUUUUCUACUAAAUGAAUAAAGUUAUAACGUUUGUAUAACAACGU